AUGUUCAGCAGAGCCUUAGGAAAGACAAGCCUCUACGUCCCACUUCGUAGCUUCUCCGGCGCUGGCGCACAUCCUCAAAAACUAGGUGACAAAACUCACCUUGAGACAGCAAUUGUUGGCCAAGGCCAAUACUUGAACGCCGGAAAUCUGAUGCUUGGCACAUUUUGUAAAAAACACCCAAAGCUGCCAGUCGCAUUAAUCAGCGAUAAAACUCGUCUCGUGGUACACGAGUUCUCAAAAGACCUCUACGUCCAUGAUUCUUAACUUAACUUAUUAACCAUCACGUUUAACGUCUCCUAUGGGGUUGCUCUUCCAGGACUACCACCACGCUCUCGUCGCUCGGGGCCCACUAGUUGCUGGGACAGCUAGCUUUGAUCUCCAACGCGCGCCUCCUGCGCGAUGUUCCGGCUUCGACGGCUCAUGAUUGAGCUGAUUUCUCUGUAACGAGGGUUGUCUGCUGGGAAAUUCCAAAAAAUGGAAUUUCUGGCCGACUCUCGGCAAAAGAGGAAAACUUGUAGCCCGGGGCGAAACUCCCGGUUUCUCGCUAGAGAUUUGCCCGAAUGGCCUAGGGAUUACCUGUAGGCACUGCUGGGCUUCUCCUUUCCAACUCCAAGCCUCCUCUUCCCUCGAGGUAAAAUCCUAACCCGAGAACGGACUGGGAUCAGGCUCUUUACACUGCCAGAAUUGCUUACCUGAUAUUGCUGUCCAUCUCUAGCUAGGCAAAACCUUGCCGGAUAUAAUUAAAUAGGGCUCGAAACUGUCUGGCCGAGAGGCCAGACCCAAGUUGAGACGCCAUAUUUAAUUAUAUCCACGUCCAUGAUUCAUAUAAAAAUGAGUCUUCAACAGGGAAAGCUAUUUUUGCAGCUCCAAAGAAAGGCUUUUUCUACAGGAUUGACAGCGACGUCCUCAAAUUUGACCCUAAAAACAACAAGCUUGUGAUGGCAGAAAAAACAUUCACCUAUGACCAUCUUAUUUUGGCUGUUGAACAGCUCUAUGAUUGGGGAAAGGUUAAAAAUCUGGAAGAGGCUGUAAAGGAUUAUUUCAAUUCUCAUGUGAUGACCACAGCACAGUGCAACUUUUCGUCUAAUGUGGUAAGAGCUUCAAGAGAGUUCAGGUAUGGCAAUUUUAUCUACGCAAUUCCAAAAAUUCCUCAUAAAAAUGAAGGUACUUCACAUAUUUUUGCAUGGUUCAACGCCCUGGCUAAUGAUAAGUAUACAGCUUCCCAAUGGUGCAACUCCAAGUUUAUAAUCACCACUCCUGAUACCUGCAUCCACAGAAACCCAACUGUGAAUGCUCAGCUGCUAGAUUUGGCUCAGAAGAAAGGAAUUGAGGUCAAAUUCGGCCUCCAAUUAACAGAAAUUAGGUAUAACAAUAUAAAAGAGUAUCACUUACUUACUUAGUUACUUAGGUGUUUAAAGUGUCUUCCUUCUUCCGCAGGGUGAUUUAGGCAUGCAUAGCCCCCACCCUUUUAAAUCCCAACUAGUGACGUCAGCAGCAAUCCUCCCUAUAUGUAGGCAUUCCAGAAGACUUCCCUCGUCAGGCCAGAAGGUCCGCACUGGCCGCGUUUGGCCUCGCCCGAACUUGACUCCUGCGCGUGUUCCGCCUAAGGGGUCACCCUCCUCAGGUGUGUCAAGCAGCAAAACCAGGUGCUCGUAGUAUCCUGGACCAAAGAAAUACCCUAUGUGGUAUUCCAUAUUGGUGUUGCGGAUAAACGCCCACGUGGAAAACUGAACCCAAUAAUAAUAAAAACGAAGGAAUGAAUAGUUCUAGGAGAGAACUAAUUCCGCACUGAGCCAUUUUAUUAUUAUAUAAAAGAGUAUCACAGGAUUAGUGAUGCAGUCUUCAAAGACGUCAAAACAGGCCAAGAAGUAGUUAUGGAUUAUGGUUGGCUUGCUACAUACCCAGAAUGCAAGGCUCCUGAAGUUAUUUCUCCAUUCCUUGAGAACGAGGCUAUUCCUCUUAACCCUGAAACUCUUCAGCAUACUAACUCCCCCUAUAGCCUUGAUAGCAAAUUAAAUGUUGCAAAAAUCAAAAAUUUAUGCUAUAAUAAGUCUAUUUUAAUGGGAGUACAAUCAGAAUAUCAUUUAAACAAAAUUAGCAGCAUGAACAGUAACUUUUUAUAAAAAUAUUUUUAUGCAAAAAAUUUUCUAUAAAAUAUUUUAUGAGAAGAGAAUAAUUUUUUCUCCAAAAAAAUUUAAAUUGGCAUAGAAUGAUUCAAUUUAAAGGGAGGGAGUAAGUUCGAAAAUGUCUUUUCCUUUGGAGAGUGCACAAACCUACCAACAAUAAACAACGCAAUCGCCCAAAUAGCCCAAGCACAAGUGGUGGCUGGAAACGUUGGGUACAUGAAGACAAAUAUGCCAUUAAAGUACCAUUAUGAUGGCACUUCAGCAACCCCAAUAUUUAUUGACAUGCAUAAGCUCAUUAUGCCAGGCUUCAAAUAUGGAUGGGAGCCUGUCUCCACCAGAAUGGCACAAAACGUAGAUGGCUUCUUACAAGGCCUUAAACAGUCACUAAGCUUCAAGCUCUUCGCCAAGAGAGAAAAGAAGAUCUAUGAAAAGAAAAUGCAAGGCAAAGUAUACGGGCCACCAAACUGGACCAGGCCAAACAAGCACUCCUCUUCCACAAAGACAAGUGUGGAGCCUGCCAAAGCUCAUUAA